CUGCACUACGGGACCCUCCUGGGCAGCAGAGCUUGUGUCCACAUGGCAGCAGCUGCCUGGGGCGCUGCGUUUCUCAAUGCUCUGCUGCACACGGCCGAUACAUUUUUUCUGCCCCUCUGCCAGGGCAAUGCUGUGGAACAGUUCUUCUGUGAAAUCCCCCACAUCCUCAAGCUCUCCUGCUCACACUCCUACCUCAGGGAAGCUGGGCCCAGUGUGUUAAGUGUCUGUUUAGGUUUUGUCUGUUUUGUUUUCAUUGUGGUGUCCUAUGUGCAGAUCUUCAGGGCUGUGCUGAGGAUCCCCUCUGAGCAGGGACGGCACAAAGCCUUUUCCACGUGCCUCCCUCACCUGGCUGUGGUCUCCCUGUUUAUCAGCACUGUAGCGUUUGCCUACCUGAAGCCCCGCUCCAUCUCCUCUCCAUCUCUGGACCUUGUGGUGUCAGUUCUAUACUCAGUAGUGCCUCCAGCCUGA